AAACCACAGUAACACGACAAAGCCUAGAGAUGGCGUCAAUUCUCACCGACGAAGAUAAUGAAGACUUACAAAGAGCCAUCGCUAUGUCUCUUGAGAGCAAUCAAAAAGCUAUGGCUACGGCGCAGGACCAUGAAACCAAUAGCAACGCAGGGCCAACGACAAGCUCGAGGUUUAACGCCUUCCUUCGCAAUCUUACAAUGUCAAAUCAUGAACAUCUUACGUCAACUAAGCAAACUGGCUCAAUGUCUUUCGAUCGUAAAGCAUUGGAGCAAGAAAGACUUGCUCGAGCGGCAUCACGGAGAAGGCAAAAGUCAAUAUCGCCGCCACCGCGAAAACGCGCACGAGUUGAGGAUCCAAACACGCGUACCGAACUUCCAGCAAUUUUAUCGACAUUCCAUCAAAAGAUUUCGGGAGGGGCUGUCGCCUCAAGUGCGAUGCAUUGUGCUCUCCCUUCAGGGCUACGUUUUCCCUUUGGUACAAUUAAGAAGACCUGGUCAGCAAGGCAUACCUCAGAUGAACGUACCAUCAAAAUUGAAGACAUAAUUGACAAGAAUAACGUACAUACCGCUGUGCUGUCCUCGUUCAUGAUAGAUCCGGACUGGAUACUCUCAACUAAGUUUAACACUAGGAGGACCAAGUUCUAUAUGAUACUGCACGCAAAAACGCAGGCUGAAAAAGCGAUGUUGCGUGACGACUUUGACGGAUUAGAUCAGGCUCGAUUGUGCAUGCCAAAAUUGACCGGAAUGAUUGGUUGCCAGCACAGCAAGCUGAUGUUGCUCUUCUUCUCUGGUUUUCUACGCGUUGUCAUACCCAGUGCAAAUUUAACGGACUAUGACUGGGGUGAAACCGGCUUCAUGGAGAACUCCGUUUUCCUCAUCGACUUACCUCGACGACGGGACGGCAGUGAGGCAUCACUGGAAACAUUGCCUUCCUUUGCACAGAGCCUGCUGAGAUUCCUUAAAAACCAGGAUGUCACACAAGAUGUUCGAGACGGAAUACUCAAUUUUGAUUUUAGCAAAACCGAGAGACUUGCUUUCGUGCACACGUCUGCAGGUUCUCAUUUUAAUAUGAAUAUGCACAGUACCGGGCUUCCAGGCUUGAGCGCAGCGGUACGCGAGCUCGGUCUCGAAACAGAUGAGGAUAUCCAAGUUGACUUUGCAGCGUCCUCAAUAGGAAACUUAAAUUACCAGACUAUCAACUGCAUCUACGAGGCUGCUCGUGGUAAAGAUAUCACAACAACAGCCAGCAGCGAGCGCAUCAAAAACCAGAAUGCCAAAAUAAAAGCAAACAUGAGAAUCUACUUCCCCACACAUGAUACCGUUAGAGAAAGUCUGGGUGGUCCAGAAAAUGCGGGCACGAUUUGCCUCGAUUCCAGCUUUUGGAAGAGUGCUCAUUUCCCGCGAGAUAUUUUUCGGGACUAUCAAUCCACACGAAAAGGCCUUUUGAGCCACAAUAAAAUCUUACUUGUUCGAGGCAAAAAGAGCGACGGUAGCCCAAUCGCCUGGGCAUACAUUGGCAGUGCAAAUUGUUCAGAUAGCGCUUGGGGCAGGAUGGUCGCAAAAGAGGCAAAAAUCAAUUGCAAUAACUGGGAAUCUGGAGUUUUGGUACCAGUGGAGAAUCCGCCGCAAGAUUUAACUGAUCUGACAAGGACUUUUGAGAGCAUACUUGACGUACCCUUUGUGUACGGAGAAGGGAAAGGUUUGGAGUAUUCUGGUAAAAAGCCUUGGUUCUUCAAGGAACACAGAUUUUGAUGUCUGUCCAUUCAUAUAAAGACUUGGGUCAAUUAUGUAAUUAACUAAUCAAGACCGAUCUGCAGCUGUGAAUUCAGAACGCACAUUUAAUCUAUGCCAGCUUCGGACAUGUCUAAUAGGACUUCAAGCUCAGCUACCUAAUCAACGAUAUGUCAACAGCUUGCGCUUCAUCGGGAGCUUCAGAAAAAAAAUCCUUGAUCAAAGGUAAAAAGUUACGUACGUAAUAUAUAUAUUUCAAUUAUAUUUAUCCAGAUUCAUG